AUGAUAUUAACACUUACUUAUUUGAUCGUUUUUGGACCUGUGCUUGCGUUAGCAGCAACAGCAUGUACAGCUCGAAAUGCAAAAGGAACUUGCAUUUCAACUGCUUCAUGUACAGGUACAUCAGUUUCUGGUCAUUGUCCUGGUGCUGCAAAUAUUCAAUGUUGUAUUCCAAAAGGAAGUGCUUGUACCGCCAAUGGCAAAAGUGGAACUUGCAUUUCCACUGCAUCCUGUGCGGGUACAUCUGUAGCUGGUCAUUGUCCGGGUGCUGCUAAUAUCCGAUGUUGUGUUGCCAGUGGUGGUUCAUCAGGUUCUUCUGCUGGACUUUGUGGAGGUUAUGCUGGUGCUGCCGUUAGUUCAAUCAAAGGCAAUAGUAAUGUCAUGUAUUCAGUAGUCAAAAUACGACGAGAACAUCUUUCGAAUCCAGCUAUAUAUUCAAAUUCACCAACAGCAUCCGACAACACAAUGACAACUACAACAGCUUGUGCUUUCGACAAGAUGGCUACGGCUGCUAAACAAGCAGGUGUUACAAUUACAAUUGCCUCUGGUUUUCGUACUGUUGCUCGUCAAGAAUACUUCUGGAAUUGUUAUCAAACAAAAUCAUGUAACAAUGGCAAUUUAGCUGCUCGACCAGGUACAUCAAAUCAUGGACGAGGUGUUGCUCUCGACUUGAACACCAAUUGUGGUACACAGUCAGGAGCAAAACCUAAUUGUGGUGGAAGCAAAGUUUAUCAAUGGUUGAAAAACAAUGGACAUAAAUAUGGAUUUAAACGUACAGUACAAUCUGAACCAUGGCAUUGGGAAUAUGUUGGAGGUGCUACUACUCCAAGUAGUUUCACUUAA